AUGUCUUCUGCACUAAUACUACUGUUAGCUUCAUUUCUCAUCAUACAAUCUGGCAACACAAAAUUCGUAAAAUACUGUAUUAGUGAUGCGCAAUGUGAUCCAGGAGAACGAUGUGUUCCGGAAAUAACCGGAUUAAUGCUCUGUCAGCAAGCCUUAGAACAAAUGCCCACAACACCAACGAUAUAUCCUGCACAAUCAAGACAGAUUACAUGUCAAAAUGAUGCACAAUGUCGUAUACUUGGCAAAUGCAUAUAUCUUGGCUGGCCUGGCUCUUGUCAGUACGCAUCGCUUGGAUGGAAAUUGACUGAUCGAUGUUACAAUGACGCCGACUGUGCUCAACACCUGCACUGCAUCAAUACAAAUGGCAUGAUGACUUGUCAGGUCAUCCGGGAUGCGCUGCCGUACAAAACGUGUCAAAGCAACACGGAUUGCGAUCUAUUAGAGAUGUGCUCCUUCAGUAAGCAGUAUAAUGCUAAUGCAUGCAUAGUAUCGAUUGAUUAUCCUACGGCUAAAAUGAGUCCAUUUCGAAGUGAUGAAAUUGGAGGUGGUGCUGUUCCGUUGAGUCUUACUGAUAACCGUGCUAUUUCAAAAGGCUAUGAAAAGCAGUGUACUGCUGAUUAUCAGUGUUCUGUUUUCGAGAUUUGCACAGAAGAAAGUAUCCCAGGUAAUCGCAUCUGCACUUAUAAUCCAACAACAAGCAAUCGACAAUGUCGUUUCAAUGCUGACUGUCAAUCUGGACAGCGUUGCGAGAAAGUUUUAGAGAAUUUUUAUUUGUGUAAAGCUGCAAAACAGACGACAUUCAUGCAACCGUGCCAGUAUGAUUACGAAUGUUCGGGUGGUCAGCGUUGUAUUAAUAUCAGCAAUGGCAUCUCCUCUUAUCAGCAGAAUUCUCGAUAUUGCUUCUUACUGGACGAAAGAUCAAACUGUGACAAUGACAUGGAUUGCUCGGAUGCAAAAGUUUGUAAUACUUUUGGAAAGUUCAAACAGUGUGUACCAAUCACUUCCAAUUCACAUUUUAAAUUGUAA